AUGACACUUCGCGUUUUGGUUACUGGUGCAGCGGGCCAAAUAGGAUAUUCUGUGGUGCUGCAAAUCGCCAAAGGUGAUGUUUUUGGCCCAGAAAUGCCAAUUGUGCUUGUGUUGCUUGAUAUACCGCCAAUGCAGCAAGCACUUGAAGGUGUACAGUUCGAGCUGCAAGAUUGCGCAUUACCGACGCUCAAAGAGGUUAUAGUAACAGUAAAAGAGGAAGAAGCAUUCAAGGAUAUUGAUUAUGCAUUUCUCAUUGGUGCUAUGCCACGGAAACAAGGUAUGGAACGUAAAGAUUUACUCUCUGCUAAUGUGAAAAUAUUCAAGUCUCAAGGAAUGGCCCUUGCUAAAUUCGCUAAACCGACCACCAAAGUUAUUGUUGUUGGUAAUCCAGCAAAUACAAAUGCAUUCAUUGCGUCAAAAUUUGCUGCACCAACAAUACCAGGGAAGAACUUUACAUCUAUGACCCGACUGGAUCAUAAUCGUGCCUUGUCACAAAUUGCUAUGAAAUGCAAAGUUGGAAUUGAAGAUGUGAAAAAUGUAAUUAUAUGGGGUAAUCAUUCGAGCACCCAAUUUCCUGAUGUUGCGCACGCUAAGGUUAACAAAGGUGGCCAAGUGAUUGGUGCUGUUGAGGCCAUCAAUGACAAAGAGUGGAUUGAAGGGCCAUUCAUCAGUGUUGUCCAAAAGCGAGGAGCUACGAUUAUCGAAAAACGAAAAUUGUCAUCUGCAAUGUCAGCAGCAAAAGCAGCUUGUGAUCAUAUUCGUGAUUGGCAUUUCGGCACGAAACCGGAUGAAUGGGUGUCAAUGGGCAUCCCAUCAGAUGGCUCAUACGGUAUCCCAGCGGGACUCGUCUUCUCGUUUCCUGUUACCAUCUCUGGUGGAGAAUACAAAAUCGUUCAAGGUUUAGAACUGAACGAUUUUGCGAAGGAAAAAAUUGCUAUCACCCAAAAAGAAUUGGAAGAAGAACGUGAUGAAGCUCUUCAAGCAUGUGCUUGA